UAAGGCGAUCGUUGGGAUCUGAAGGAAGGAGAACAGUAGCUAAAGAAGAACUGGGCAAAGCCCAUUUCUUGAACAGACAAUUCUCAGUUGAAAAUGGGAAAGAGGAGGGCGGGAGGCGAAGGAACUAGUCGUAACGUACGGCAGAGAGGUGAUAAUCUGGAAUGUGAUAUUCAUCAAAGUGGUAGUAUUGACAUUAGAGAGAAUGGAGGGGCUGAAAGUAAUUCAGCCAGAAUGAGGACGGGAGCAAGACAUGAUGCAGCAGAUGCAAGCAGCAGUGCGAAUGUAGAAAACUUGCAGUCUGAACAAGUUGUUAGAGCAGCCAUUUCACGAUCAACAUAUAGCACUAGAAGCUCGACGCAUAUGGUGAAAGAAAUAAUUGACAAGCUCACGCCAGAACAAGAGAAUGCAAUUAAGGAUCUAGGUUUUGCACCGAUUCUAAAGAUACUAGCUUUCAAUCUAGAUAAUGAUUACUGUUCUUGGUUGGUGGACCAUUUCAAUGCAGAGCAGAGGACAUUGAAUGUCCAUGGUAGAAGUUUGAAGGUGACUCCUAAGCAUGUUGGGUAUGUAACGGGGUUGAAUAGUGAAGGCUUGGAUGUAGCUGCUUUAGAAAGUGAAUUGUCUUUGGAUGAUAAUUUACUGACUGAAUUUAACAUUCAGUUGGACAAUGGUGGUGAGAUAGGCUUGGCCAGACUGAGAACUAGUCUAAUGAAGACCAACAGCAGUGGGACAGACUUCAAAGUUAAGUUUGUGCUGUUUUUGCUCUGCAGACUCUUAUGCCCUAGGACGAAGCUUGUUAUAAGGAAGAGCUUGCUUGCAGUAGUUGCCAAGGUGGACAAUUUCAAGAACAUGAACUGGUCUAAAUACAUCCUUGACCACCUGAUUGACUCUCUUCGCGAUCAGAGGCAAAGAAAUCAGUUCGAGUUUGUUGGGUGCAUUGUUGUUUUGAUGAUCUUAUACUUUGAGCAUUUUUGCAUCCAUGGUGACACAUAUACAGCACUUUGUAAUCGGCACAUUCCACGCGUUGAAGACUGGGAUGAAGAGGUGUUGAAGAGGAAGGUUGAUCAGCUAAAGGUUAUGGGGGUUUUCAAUGGUGCACAGGUCGAUGCCAUGUUUGAAGAUCAUUCUGUUGGUGAGGAGAGACGUCUUGAGGAUGGAAUAGAGAAGAUUGAAAGUAGGCUUCAAAGUAUUGAAGAUGCUAUGAGGGAUCUGAAAGGACAGGUUGAGCAAUUUCAUCAGAUGGUGACGAGAUUGGUUGAGAUGAUGGAGGUCAACCAAAAAAUGGUCCUUCAGGAGAUGAGAAGAAUCAAUGCCAAGUCCUCAAUCGUCUGUGAGAGUUGUGGUAUGAAUGGUGAUGGUCUUCAUAAUUUUGGGGACUGUGCAAUAUGUUUGAAUAGAAUGAUGCUCCAGGAAACUGCUCUUGUAAAAGGUUGCCAGCAUGCUUACUGUGUAACCUGCAUCCUCCGAUGGGCAUCCUACAAGGAGCAACCUACCUGCCCACUAUGCACGCGUCCGUUUGAAUUUCUUAUUACCCAUCGCUCUCCCGAUGGCAGCAUUCGCAGUUAUAUGUCUGAGGAGAGCGUGCGCCAUCUCCUUGAAGCCUCUUGGUUUAGUUUACCAGUUGAUGAAGAAGAUUUAGAUGAGAUUAGCGUUGGUAGUUGAUUAAGUAUACGACUGGGGGACUCGUUGGCAGUUGAUUGAGUAUACGACUGGGAAACGGUGAAUAUUUUCAUGCAAGCCAAUCUCCUUAGCUCAGGAGGAAAAUUGCUGCAGGCUGUAAAAGAGACGGGAGCUGAAUGGUGAAAAGGCUCUUUAACGUGAAGCUGCUGAUAAGCUGUUGCCUCAUAGUUUGUUGUGAACUCCGUUGUACCUAUUUUGAAGGGAUGGAGUCCUUUGAUGUUUUUUUUUUUCCCUAGUCUUUCUUUCAUCAGUUCUUUUAAAUUCUAAACAUGUCAAUACCGUCGGUUAUAUCUGAUUUAACUCUUUUUUUUUU